AUGGCAACCACAAAAACACCAACCCUCCUCCAGGCCGUCGCUGAUGACCACAAUGAGAUGUACGAAUACUACGACCAAUACGUGAAGAACGCAGGGAACCCCGAGGCUCAAGGUCGCUGGGCUCGGCUUCUGACAUGGGAGGUCGCCCGUCAUGCCGUUGGCGAAGAGCUUGUCGUGUACCCGCUCAUGGAGAAACAUCUUGGUGCCGAAGGGAAACGCCUCGCCGACGGGGACCGUGCUGAUCACCAUGUCGUUAAAGAGCUCCUCCACAAGCUCGAGUCCAUUCAACCCGGCACACAAGAACACGCCAACGUCCUCAAGAAAGUGAUCGACCAUCUGCGUCCGCACAACGACUCCGAGGAGAACACCGACCUGCCUGCGCUCGAGAAAGCUAUCGGCGCAGAGGCCUCGCGGGAGGCGUCUGCGUCGUUCAAGCGCACAAAGAAGUUCGCGCCUACGAGGGCCCACCCUGGCGCUCCUGAUAAGCCUCCCUUCGAGACCCUGGCGGGGUUGUUGGCUGCGCCGAUUGAUAAGCUCAAGGACGCGUUCGCGACUUUCCCGAGUGAAGAGGAGAAGGAGGCUGCGAAGAAUUGA